AUGUUCAAAAUUGACUCUCUUUCAGCAGGAGUUAACAAAACAAUUAAUAAUAAUGAAAUUUGUUUCUGUGCUUUCAAUAUUUUACAGCUCAUUGUUUCUUUAGCCAUUUGUGGUUGUGCCUUGGCUGUUGAUUAUCAGGCUGAAGCUCGUAAUUUCGUUAACGAAAUCAAAGAGGAUGGUAGCUACAAUUAUCAAUUCGAUACCACCAACGGUAUUGCCCAGCAAGAGUCGGGUGUUGGCGGCCACUAUGCCACCGGCUCUUCCCAGUACUAUUCCCCUGAGGGUGAAUUGAUUCAAUUGACUUAUACAGCCGAUGAAAAUGGUUUCCAGCCACAAGGUGCUCAUUUGCCCACCCCACCACCAAUUCCAGCUGCCAUUUUAAAAUCAUUGGAAUACAUUCGCACCCAUCCCUAUCAUGAGGAACAGCAAGCCGCCAAACAAUACGGCAAUCAGCAACAACAACAACACCAACAAGGACCUUAUCGUAAAUUCUAAUUUAGAAAAAUAACAAUUGUACGUGAUUGCGAUAUUUGCUGUGAUUUCAUUCUUGUCUUCCAAGUCUGUCCUGUCUUCUCCAUCCAUCCAACCAACCAACCAUCCAUCUACUAUUUGUCUGUCUAUAGGAAAAAUCUGUUUAUGUUGUUUAACCAUUUUAUUUACACUCACUCGCUCCUUACAAAAUGUAUAAAUACAUGAAUACCGCCAUAAAUAUUUACAUACAUCCAUACAUUUAAACACACUCUACAUAUUCAUAUUUAAAUCUUUACAUACUUAUACAUAUAUUGUACAUCUACUUUACAUCAAUUUUACAUACAUACAUACAUAGUAUAUCCUUAAUAUCCAUUUUGUGAAUAGUGAGAAUAGAGAACAUGAUUUUGUUAUAAAUAUUAUUUUGUUAAAAUAAAAAUUGUCAUCAAGAAAAA